AUGGCUGACAAGGAAAAUCCACAACUAUCACAGGAUGACCUCCUGGCUCAGAUCGCUGAGCUUCAGGCGGAGGUACGGAGGAUAGCCGAGCUCUCAACGCAAAACAAUGGAGAGAACUCCAAAGGCUCGGCUCAUAAUUCCACAGACCCCUUGAACAUCGCCCCGCCAAAGGAGAAGCUCACCCUCGACAACCCCUUCUCCGAGGAGAUCACAAAUUAUCAGAUGCCAAAGAACUUUACCCUUCCGACUGCACUGGAACCGUACAAAGGAUUCGGAGACCCCCGAGCCCACAUAAAGAAGUUCCAGUCAAUGAUGUUUUUCAACGGCCCCAAGAACGAGCCUGUCCUUUGCCGAGCAUUCCCAACCUACCUCGACGGCGCGGCAUUACUCUGGUUCUCCAAACUCCCUGAGGGAUCAAUUUCCUCUUUCGAGGACCUUGCCAGAUCAUUCAUCGAUUACUUUGCCGCGUCGAGAAUCUAUGUACAUGGAUCAGACUAUCUCGGCACCAUCAAACAAGGCCAGCAUGAGAGCCUUAAAGAUUACAUGACCCGAUUCGCUGACGCUACCAUGGAGAUCCAAGACUUGGACCCAGCCGUUCACCUGCACGCCCUCAAAGCCGGCCUCAGGCCCGGCAAAUUUCGGGAGACUAUUGCCAUAACAAAGCCAAAAACCCUAGAGGAGUUCCGAGAAAGGGCGGCAGGUCAAAUGGAAAUCGAAGAACUUCGAGAAGCUCAGAAAUCAGACAAACAACCACACAGGAGAGAUGAGGAAAGGACCUUCAGAUCUCCAGGCAAUAGAGACACAAAGAAACCCUCUAAACCAGCAUCAAAGUACAACACCUACACCAGAUUCAACACCAGAAGAGAAAACAUCAUCAGAGAAAUCCUCAACGCCAAAAUCAUUAAACCACCAGCCCGAGCAGGGAACUACCAGGAUCAACGAUUCGUGGACAAGACAAAACAUUGCGCCUUCCACCGGAAGUUCGGUCAUACAACAGAUGACUGCAUCGUCGCAAAGGACCUCCUGGAAAAACUAGCACGCCAAGGUCUCCUGGACAAGUACAUCGAGACCCGGAAGGGCAAGGGAGGAAACUCGGACAGGACAGAGCAUAAGCAAGCAACGGCUGACGACAAAAAAGAAAGGAUCACUCCUGACCCGCCAAGAGGAGUUAUCAACCACAUAUCGGGAGGAUUCGCAGGCGGAGGAGAAACAAGCUCGGCCAGAAAGCGGAGCUACAGAGCAAUGCUGGCAAUCGAAGGAACCAUACAACCAAAGAAGGACAAAGGACCAGACGUCACAAUAUCAUUCAACCGAACAGACUUCAAAUCGGCAAGCCCUAACCUCGACGACCCCGUGGUAAUUUCAAUCCAGGUUGGAGAUCUGUUGGUAAGAAAAACAUUGUUAGACCCAGGUAGUAGUGCUGAUGUUUUGUUUUAUUCUACUUUUACAAAAAUGAAAUUAUCUGAAAAAUUGAUACAACCCUCCUCUGGAGAGCUAAUUGGGUUCUCCGGAGAGAGAGUCCCCAUCAUGGGACACAUAUGGCUAAAGACCACAAUGGGAGAGAUCCCUAUGGCAAAAUCAAUUGAUAUUCAAUAUCUAAUAGUAGACUGUUACAGCCCUUAUAAUAUUAUACUUGGGAGACCCGCUCUGAACACAUUCAGGGCAGUGGUGUCCACAUUACAUCUCUGUGUCAAGUUUCCAGUGCAGGAAAACAAGAUCGCUACAGUGUAUGCCGACCAUCAAGAAGCUCGGCAAUGCUACAACGCUGGUCUAAAACCAGUACAAACAAAACAGGAAACUCGGCCCCAGGUUCAAGCAAUUCGCACGUCUGCCAGCUCAGCAACACUAGCCGACCUAGACCCUAGGGAAGACCUCGGCGAAAGACCUCGGCCAAUGGACAACCUUCAACAAGUAACACUAACAGCAGACGAGAAGCAAUGCACAUAUGUUGGAAAAGCAUUAGAAGGGGCAGAACGAGCAAGACUCAUUCAAAUACUGCGUAAGAACGCCGACCUUUUCGCAUGGACACCAGAUGACAUGCCCGGGAUAAACCCCGACGUCAUCUGCCACAAGCUAGCAAUUGACAAAACAGCCCGACCAGUCGCACAGAAGAAAAGGAACCUCGGAGAGGAAAAAAGACAAGCAGCACUUGAAGAAACCCAAAAGCUCCUCAAUGCAGGUUUCAUAAGAGAGAUUCGCUUCACCACAUGGUUGUCCAACGUGGUAAUGGUAAGGAAGAGUUCAGGUAAAUGGCGCAUGUGCGUCGACUUUACAAAUUUAAAUAAAGCCUGUCCUAAAGAUGCAUACCCAUUGCCUUGCAUUGAUAAAUUAGUUGACAACGCCUCUGGUUUCAAAGCUUUGAGUUUUAUGGAUGCAUACUCUGGCUAUAACCAGAUUCUGAUGCAUCCAGAAGACCAAAGCAAAACGGCUUUUAUAACAGAACAUGGAAAUUUUUGUUACAAGGUAAUGCCCUUUGGCCUAAAGAAUGCAGGUGCGACGUAUCAGAGGUUAAUGGACAAGGUAUUCCAACAUCAGAUAGGCCGCAAUAUGGAGGUCUAUGUAGAUGACAUGGUAGCCAAAACACCCAUGCAGGGGUCACAUUGUGAUGACUUAUCAGAAAUCUUCAAACAACUCCGAGCAUAUAACAUGAGACUCAAUCCAGACAAAUGUGCUUUUGGAGUCCAAGGAGGAAAGUUCCUCGGAUUCAUGUUAACAUCUCGAGGCAUCGAGGCCAACCCAGAAAAGUGUAAGGCCGUGCUAAACAUGACAAGCCCAAGAACAGUAAAAGAAGUCCAGCAACUUGCAGGACGAAUAGCCGCCUUGUCACGUUUCCUACCUGCAGUGGCAAACCGAUCUUAUCACUUUUUCCAGACAUUCUCUAAAGGCAAGAAGUUCAAAUGGACAGAUGAAUGUGAAAAUGCCUUCACCGAACUUAAACAACACUUGACAUCGCCACCAAUCCUCCAGAAACCCGAGACAGGUAACCCAUUAUAUUUAUAUUUAUCAGUAUCUAACCAGGCUAUAAGCUCGGUUUUGGUGACAGAAACAGGGAAAAAGCAGAACCCAGUAUAUUUCAUCAGUAGGGUACUGCAACCAGCAGAAACAAGGUACCCGAAGAUAGAACAAUUGGCACUGGCACUAAUCACAACAGCAAGAAGACUGCGGCAUUAUUUCCAAAGCCACACAAUCAUAGUACGAACGGACCAACCAUUAAGGCAGAUACUAACUAGACCCGAGCUCGCCGGCAGAUUAAUAAAAUGGUCGGUCGAGCUCUCCGAAUUCGAUAUUCGGUACGAAUCGAGGAAAACACUUAAGUCACAGGUACUAGCCGACUUUAUAUCAGAGAUGACAAAUGACACAUACAACACAGAAGUGAGAUGGACCAUACAUGUAGAUGGAGCGUCCAACAAAGAAGGCAGUGGGGCUGGGAUACUACUCAAAGAAGGAAACAAAGUGGUGGCCGAGCAGUCACUACAGUUCCGCUUCAACGCAAGCAACAAUCAAUCAGAAUAUGAGGCCCUACUCGCUGGACUAAAGCUCGCCCUACAACUACAAAUACCUCGAAUAACAGUCUAUUGCGACUCCUCGUUAGUGGUACAUCAAAUAAAGGGCGAAUUUCAGGUAAAAGAUCCUUUGUUAGAGAAAUACUGGCUCAUAACAAAGGAUCUAAUUUCAAAAUUUAAAGAAUUUGAUAUUAUUCAUGUAAACCGAGAACACAAUACCAGGGCCGACGUGUUGUCUAAACUAGCCACAACUCGGCAAGCCGGAAACACGUCGGCACUGUCCCAGCUAACGCUUGACAAACCGAGUUUUGAGCAGGAUACAAUUCUGAGUAUUAUACAGGUCCCAGAUUGGCGAACACCUUUUUUCAAUUACAUCAACACAGGCACUAUACCAAAUGACGAGCCGAACUUGCCACUCUUCCGACGAAGAGCAAGUUAUUAUACAGUGCUAGGAAACACUUUGUACAGACGAGGGCAUUCACAACCACUACUCAAGUGCAUUAGCAACGAGGAGGCCGAGGAGGUCAUGGCCGAAACACACGAAGGAGUCUGCGGCAACCAUAUUGGCGGCCGAGCAUUAGCAGCAAAGAUCCUGCGAACAGGAUAUUAUUGGCCGACGAUAAAGCGAGAUUGCAUUUCAAAAGUCAAAGCGUGUGAUAAUUGCCAAAAACACGCCACACUCUCAGAGACCCCGGCCGAAGAACUCCAUACCAUAGAGGUAAGCUGGCCUUUCGAUAGGUGGGGAUUGGAUAUCCUCGGACCUUUCCCGAAAGCGCCAGGCCAGGUAAAGUUCCUUUUGGUUUCAAUUGAUUAUUUUUCUAAGUGGAUAGAGGCACAACCACUAGCACACAUAACGGCGGAAAAGGUGCGAUCUUUUUUAUGGAAGAACAUCAUAUGCAGAUAUGGUAUCCCAAAAGAGAUAAUCUCGGAUAACGGGAGACAAUUUACAGAUCAUAAGCUCGCCACCUUUCUAACAAACUUUAACAUCAAACAUCAUUUCAGCUCAGUAGAGCACCCGCAAACUAACGGACAAGUUGAAUCGGCUAACAGAAUUAUCUUGCAGGGGUUAAAGAAAAAGCUCGGCGACGCUAAGGGAGAAUGGGCCGACCUCAUUCCAGAAAUUCUAUGGAGUUACAAUACCACCAUUCAAUCUGCCACAGGAGAGACUCCUUUUAAACUGGUAUAUGGCGCAGAAGCACUUAUCCCAGUAGAGGUCAGCGUCCCAACAUUAAGGACCGAGCUCUAUGAUGAAACAAAUAACCUACAAGCUCGGACAGCCGAGUUGGAUCUUGUAGAAGAAGAAAGAGAUAUUUCCGCAAUAAAGCAACGAGCCAGAAAACAAUACCUAGAGCAAAGACACAACAAAAAAGUAGUUCACAGGACUUUCAACAAUGGAGACCUCGUACUCAGACGCACAGAAGAAGCCCGGAAACCUCCGGCACAUGGCAAGUUGGCGGCAAACUGGGAAGGACCUUUCCGAAUACUUCAUAAUCUCGGAAAAGGGGCUUACAAGCUCGAAACUCUUCAAGGAGAUCAACUUCCAGGAACAUGGAACAUCUCCUCCUUAAGAAAAUAUCAGUCAUGA